GUGUUAGCGCGUCUCCCUGGAAAAACAAAGAGUCACGCGACUCCGUUAACGAUCGAGCCGGCUCCCCUAUCAGCCGCGUGAUCGUUAAUCAACGAUCAGGGAUCAUCGUGUUUGGACUUUCUCGGAGUCAUCGUCACGCGACUCCGCACACUGUCAACGAUCGACAGGGAGACGUCGGGCUGUGUUCGUGAACCGCGCCGUCUCCAUUGGCAGUCAAUCGAGGAAAGCCGAUCGCGACUAGCUCGUUUCGCUCCGGUUCCGCUCCUUCCCGAUCUUCGCUCUCAUCUUUCGUCGGUAUACGCGCUUGCAAUUUUUCUUUUCUAUUCUUCGCGAUCGCGAAUCCAACCUAGUCGACUGAAAGCAUCCUUGUACCCCUGGCAGCCUAGAUAUAAAAGCGUUUCGUUGCUUUUUCGAGACUACGGACUCGUCGGUCAGCUCGUCGGAGAAUCCCAUUCGAGGAGUCGGAGGAUUUUACGGAAGCGACUUUUCCACGGACCGAACUCCAACUCCACUUUGGGUACAUGGAUUCGCGUUGCUUCAGUGGGAUCGAGGACUUCGCGAAGCAAAAACAUCCCUGCGUUCCAACGGGGAGCCUGAAAGUCUGUCGGGUCCCCGUGGCCAAGCUGGAUCUUUUCGCCUCUGUGCUGCGAAACAUCGAGAAGUUCACGUAGCCUGUCUCAUCGAGAACCGUUCCAGUCCAUCUUCCGAGGAUUGGUAUCCGACAUCGGUGACGCUUGACAGUCUCUCCGAUUCUAUACUGGCGAUUCGAUCGACACGAGCUACGCGUCCGAGUGUCUCCGUCGAUAUCACGCUCGCGUAUCUGGAAAUUAAGGUGGUCGGGGUGAAUCACCUGGAAUCGUUGCUUGCCCCUGCAUGCACGUCCUCGGUUAAUUCUUGGGUUCACGGAGACACGAUAUGGAGAUCGACAUGAGCGGCAGAACGAAUAGGUCGACCGAGGAAUUAGCCAAGAGACGCGUCUCCAUUAGCGAUCAGAUCCUCGGCAUGGAUAAUCCCAGCUUUGACCAUCAUCGGCGCAUAAGCGCUAGCUCUGAGCAUAAUUCCGAUCAGGGUCGCGGCAAAUCGAUACUGCAGCACGGAAGCAACCACGGCAGCGCGGAGAAUAUCCCGCAGCACAAGUUCGAUCUCGAGAACGGCAGGAUCAAUGGGAACAGGAAGAAGUCCGCGCACAGCUUGACCAGCUCCAUUAGGGACAAGAUCGAGUACUCCGAGGAGCUUGAACGGUCGUGGUUGUACGUAUUUUGCACGCGAUGCCACGGUCGCGACGACACCCCAUCGUGGGAGCCGCCCGGUUGGAGGAGAGCCUGUCCUCAGCCAUUUUGCCCGAGCUACAGAAAAUUCGCCCGGCUAUUGUGCCUGUUCCUGUUAGGGUUGCUGCUCUGGGGCAUCGUCUAUGCGAUACUGGGAGACGACGCCGCCCCUGGUGGCCAGCUUUUCGGCCUCGCCGCCCUUUGUAUAGCCGCACACUUCGGAGGAUGGCUGUUCUCCUUGACCACCCUUCCCGCUCUAAUCGGUAUGCUGAUCACCGGGAUUGUACUGCAGAACAUCGGUCUAGUCUCCAUCGAGGGCAACUACCACACCGUUAUCUCCAAUUUGCGAAAAAUCGCUCUAGUCAUUAUCCUCACAAGAGCUGGUUUGGAUCUGGAUCCAAACGCCCUGAAGAGGUUGAAAGUCACGGUCCCGAAACUCGGCCUGAUUCCAUGGGUUGUCGAAGCGCUCGUGUUGGCCAUAAUGACGAGAUAUCUGCUUCAUAUGCCAUGGAUAUGGGGUUUGCUACUUGGAAGUGUCAUAGCUGCCGUUUCACCAGCGGUCGUGGUGCCUUGUCUCUUCAGGUUACGUGCCAAAGGUUACGGAGUUGCCAAGGGCAUUCCGACUUUGAUCAUAGCCGUGUCAGGAAUCGAUGAUGCAGCAUCGGUGGCGAUCCAUGGGAUUAUAAAGAGCAUCAUGUUCUCUCAGGAUGCACUCUGGUAUCAAAUUCUCCAGGGCCCCAUUGCCGUCGUCGGAGGUCUCGGAUUCGGCGUCAUAUGGGGCUGGCUGGCCAAGUACGUUCCGGAAAAAGGAGAUCCUUUCAUGGUGCCCAUGAGAGUGCUGAUGCUGUUAGGGGGUGGAUUGCUGGCUGUGUUCGGGAGCGAGGCGAUUGAGCUCGGGGGGGCUGGACCUUUGGCAGUGGUUGCAGCAGCCUUCGUCAGCUGUUAUUUUUGGCAGAAGCAAGGCUGGGAUGUCGAUGAUAACCCAGUGGCAACAGCCUUCGAGAUCUUCUGGAUGAUCUUCGAGCCGAUCCUAUUCGCCGUGACAGGUGCCCAGAUCAAGAUCGACGAACUCGAAGGCAAGACGGUCUACCUAGGCAUCUCCUGUCUCUUAGCUGGCAUCGUGAUCCGCAUGAUGGCAACUGUGCUGGUCGGUAUCGGGUCUAAGCUAAACCUCAAAGAGAAGGUGUUCAUAGCCCUGUCCUGGAUGGCGAAGGCAACCGUGCAGGCAGCUCUGGCCUCCACCACUCUCGACAAAGUGAACCCGAACGAUCCGGAACAGGUGUACUAUGCCGAGACAGUGGUGACCAUGUGCGUGCUGUCAAUCCUGCUCACAGCGCCAGCAGGCGCCAUCGCUAUCACGCUGUCUGGGCCGAAGCUUCUGACGAAGACCACCGCUCCAGUGGUGCCGCCUGAGGGCUGGAAGGCGCGCAGACCCUCGAUCCGAGACAUUUCCAUCAUCAACGAGGACCCAGACCUCGAGGAGACCGCAAACGAGAGGAAGCCCUGAGGCUUUCCAGGUCGGACGUGACCCUUUCUCCCUGUUCCACCUCUGCAGACCUUAAACCGCCACGCGACACUGGCAAUUCCACGCGAAUUUACUUAUCGUUUGUAUCUUAUUCCGUCGGUUCGAGUAUACCUCGAGUUCUAGACACGGAUAAGGGAAGAAGGAAGAAGGUGGAUCGGUGCCUCUUCAGAGAGAUCGUUGGGAACGUCUACGUGUACGUGUCCGUGAGUGUAUGUACGUGUGUGUGGAUCGAAAUUUAAUUGGCGCGAGUUUGAGAGGUUUAAGGAGACGUCUUCGCGAGGCUUCUGUAGCUGAUGUUCCUAAUUGCGCUGAUCUGGGAGUUACGUUUGCGAGGUAUGUCUACCUUGAACCUUGUCUUCAGUAGCUUUCCAAGUACGUUCUGCUCUGCGUGGCUUGUUUGCGAUUCUCAAUGACUAUCGGGCAAAAUGUUUUCGUUUCCCUCCUGUUUCAGAGACACUCGGAGCUCUGCUAUCUAUUUUAGUGGCUUCUCCGCGGCUUACUAUCCGAUCUUUCCGUGAUUAUUUUCCGAUAAGCAAAGAUAUAAGCUUACGUUUAUAUUAUAUUUGGUUUCACGAGCGAGAUGAUGAUGUAAGAGAAACUUUAAUCCCUCUUUCAUUGCGAUAUAUUUUACUUAAAAUUGACAG